CCUACACCUCUCAGGCUGUCAGGCAUAGUCCCUCCCUCCCUCCACCUCGCCGCCGACGAGACGACUCGACCGCCACCACUCCCGCGCACGCUCUUCGCUUGCUUUGCUUCGCCUCUCCUCCUCCCCCGCGCUCCCAGCUUCCUGCCGCAGCGCCGUCCUGCCCUCUUUCCCCAGCUCGCGCGGCCUCCGUCCCGGCGCCACCGUCCCCACUUGGCGCCGCCGCCUCCUGACGCGCUCCUUCCCUCGGUGGUUACCCAAAGCGAACCCGGGAUUCUCAACCGCUACGCACCGCGGAGCUCUACCACUCGUCGGCGCCGGCUUCCGCGCGGUGCCUUAGCUGCUACUUUCCCACCUAAAGCGUAGCUUGUUUGGGUGUGUGCGUUGGGGGAGGGAUUGAUGGCCAACAGCGAGUAUGAGUAUGUGAAGAGGGAAUUCGAGUUCGAUCGCCGUCUUCCGCCCUCUAACUGGAUCGUUGUCCGCAUCGACGGCUGCCACUUCCAUCGGUUCUCAAAGAUUCACGCUUUUGAGAAACCGAACGAUGAGAAUGCUCUAAGAUUGAUGAACGCUUGUGCCACUGCUAUGCUUGAGAAAUUCCCUGACAUAGUCUUUGCUUAUGGUGUUAGUGAUGAGUACAGCUUUGUUUUCAGAGAGGAAACAGAAUUUUAUCACAGGCGAGAGAGCAAAAUUCUUUCUUUAUGUGUUUCCUACUUCACUUCUGUGUACGUAAUGAAGUGGAAAGACUUCUUUCCUAACAAAGAGUUGAAGGAGCCACCAUAUUUUGAUGCACGGGCUGUAUGUUACCCAAAUUUGAAGACUAUUCGUGAUUAUUUGGCUUGGAGACAAGUGGACUGUCAUAUAAAUAAUCAAUACAAUACCUGCUUCUGGAUGUUGGUGAAAUCUGGAAAAAGUGAACAAGCAGCUCAGCUAGCAUUGAAGGGAACAUUUGCAAAGGACAAGAAUGAGCUGCUUGCUCAACAAUUCCAAAUAAAUUAUGAUGAUGAACCAGCUAUGUUCCGCAAAGGAUCCAGUGUUUACCGAGAGAAGGUAGAAACAACAGUGAAGAUUGAUGACUAUGGGACUCCAAUAAAAAGACCACGAUUGAAAGUUACAGUAGCACAUGUCGAUAUCAUAGGGCCUGAGUUUUGGGAAAAUCAUCAGCACAUUCUUCGGGAAGGCAAAUUUAUGCAUGAGUUUGUGAAGAAGUUUGGCAUCGACCGCAUUCUUCCACCUUGUAAUUGGAUUGUCGUUCGCAUCAGUGGCUGCCAAUUUGAUCAAUUCUCAAUAAUUCAUUCACUUGACAAGCCAAAUGACGAGACUGCUCUAAGGCUGAUGAAUGCAUCUGCAUCUUUGAUGAUGGAGCAAUACCCUGACAUUGUAUUUGGCUAUGGUUUUAGCAACGAGUAUAGUUUUGUGUUCCAUGAGAAGACUGAACUAUAUCAGAGACAGGAGAGCUUAAUCCUUUCAUCAUGCUCUUCAUAUUUCACUUCUUGUUACGUGACAAAAUGGAAAGAGUUUUCUCCCCACAAGGAAUUAAUGCAGACACCACGUUUUGAGGCAGAAGCUCUGUGUUAUCCAAAACUAAAGAUAGUAUGUGAAUACUUGUCAUGGAGGCAAGCAGAGUGCCAUGCUGGCAACCAAUACAAUACAUGCUUCUGGAUGCUAGUGAAAUCUGGAAAAAGUGAAACGGAAGCUCAUGAGAUAUUGAAGGGAACAUUAUCUAAAGAUAAAAAUGAGUUGCUUUUUCAGCAAUUCCAGACGAACUACAACAAUGAGCCUGCUAUGUUUCGAAAGGGUUCAUGUAUUUAUCGGCGAAAGGUGGAAGAACUUGCGGAGGCGGAGGGAGGCGACAAUGGCACCGCAAGAGAACGGUGGGAUGUGAAAGUGGACCACGUUGACCUGGGACCUGGAUUCUGGCGAAAACACCCUUGGAUAAUGACUAAUUGCAAUUAGUAGUUCCGACUGAUACAUGGUUAUCGUCAACCACUCUAGAUAGGUGUAAUUCUUCCUCACCGGUCAAGAAAACACAGUUGUCACUCCACGGAUCAACCGUUACCUUCAUCCUCUUAAGCUGAUGUUUUUUGAGUCAUCUUUCUGGAACCUUACUAGCGAUGUUUUCCUUUUGAGCUGUAAAUAGUAACAUUUAUUGUUACUGACAGCCGAAGUGAUACGCACACUGAAUUACUGGAAGUUUUGCAUAACUUGCUGGGACUCAGGAAAUCCCUUUUCGCCUCAA